AUGGAACUUGAACCAGCGAAUGAGGAGGGGCGACAACUGGUUCUGGAGACAUUGCUGACAAACCGAAUAUUUAACAGUAUCUCUCUAAAUGAUCGGCAUUUGAGUCGACUUCACGAGUUGGUCAAGUUGACCAGCGGACUUGGUGUUGAACAUAUAGAGGCCAUCGUUUGCAGUGCUGUCAAACAGCUGCCCACUACCAGGGACGAUGAUGAAUCGACAGAAGCAUCAUUCAGUGCCUUCUGCGAUACACUCAAAGAAAGCGUGGACACCUUUAGAGAGCAGAACCUGGACCUUGGCUGUGGAACGCUGCAGGUGCCCAAUGUGUCCUGGUCUGAUAUUGGUGGUCUGGAAGAUGUGAAGCAAGACAUCCUGGAGACGAUUGAGAUGCCACUUAAACUUGGACUUCGCUUCUCAGCACUGGGCAUUCGGCGAUCGGGCGUUUUGCUGCAUGGUCCACCUGGUACGGGCAAAACACUGCUAGCAAAAGCAGUCGCAGCCCAGUGUUCGCUCAACUUUAUCUCCGUCAAAGGUCCAGAGCUGAUCAACAAGUACGUCGGACAGAGUGAAGAAAAUGUGCGCAACCUAUUUGCUCAGGCGCGACGGUCUUCUCCCUCUAUCAUCUUCUUUGACGAACUCGAUUCUCUGGCACCUGCCCGAGGUAAAUCAGGCGACUCGGGCGGCGUCAUGGACCGUGUCGUUUCGCAGCUGCUCACUGAACUGGAUGGCAUCAGCAGCGGUGGGCCAAAAGACAGUGCUAAAAAGUGGUCGGGCAGUCCUGCCGAAGAGUCGAUGGUCUUUGUCAUUGGCGCUACCAAUCGAAUAGACCUCAUCGACAGUGCACUACUACGGCCAGGACGGUUUGAUAAGUGUCUGCAAGUGCCAAUAGCAACUGACCAGUUGUCCAGACUGGCCAUUCUUAGGGCGCUCACGAAGCGAUUCGAGUUUGCCGACCAGACUUCGGAGGACAUUCUGCGCCAGAUCGAGCAGGCCAGCCCUCCGGUCAUGUCAGGCGCCGACUUUUACUCGCUCUGCUCUGGUGCAAUGUUCAAUGCCCUCAGGCGAACAAUUGAAGAGGUGGAAGAGCAAAGACGGAAGAGCGGUGGUGCUGGUGUUGAAGCCGACGAUUUGACCAGUGAGAAUGAAGAGAAUUCAGUGGAAGAGGACAGGGAACAGUACCGAAUCAAAGUGCGACUUGAGGACUUUGAACAAGUACUGGCCGCAAGUGCUAAAAAUCGCAAAUGA